AUGCGACUAUGGAGACUAGGAAACAGAGCGACCAACGCCCAUGCUAGAUAUGCCGCCGUCAAUGACGCCAGCUCACGAGCGGUACUCCAUGUCUUCCGCGCCCUCCUUCGCCAAUGCACAUACCUCCCAGAUCCAGCAGCACGUCAAUACCUGCACGGCCACGUCGUUUCCAGAUUCCGCGACUACCACCCUCGCAGUACCCUCCCCUUCUCCAGCCGGCGCCACAAAUCUGCCGCACUAGUCCAGCAACGACUCCCUUCCCUGCUGCGGACAGCCCGCAGAGGCCUCAUUUUUCUAUGCCGAGCUAACGAUGGGCACAUGCGACAUCUGGGUAAGAUUCUGGCGAUGACAUACGGGCGCGUUGGAAAACGUCGUCACCAACUCCUAAAGGACCUGAAGAUUCCAGACGUCCCCGUCGACCAAGCUGUCAUCGAAAAGCUCUCAGAGCCAGGCAACCAAGCUGUACCGCAUCCUUCUGAGCAGCUUAUGACUUUGAUCAAAUCGCAGGCCAAGCGACGACUUUCUGAUUUCUCACGAUCCAAUACUCCGCGUCCUAAGCUUGUGAUACCUGAAGAGAAUAGCUGGGGGCGGCCAAUGCCAAUCAGAAGAGUUCGGAACUUCAAGAGGAGGUGGUACGCCGAGACGCUCGAUAGGAUCAUGCCGCCUCUGCCUGAAGCUGAAUGGAACAGACUACGUAUGCGGGCGUCUGGACAGUCGCCGUGGGAGGGUCCUGUUACUCGCAGGAAGUGGGCUGGCGGUCCAGACGACAAGGAGCGGCGACAUCUGGUUGGAGAGCGCGUCAAAGGCCCUUCAACAGGUAGCUGCAGCAAGCCUCACAAUAUCACAACCCGCUACAUGCGCCGCCUCUGGGCGAAGAUCUCAGUGCAAUGUCCCCUGAUAAAGCCGAAUGCGGCGAAGAAGUCGGGGUGGGAUGUUUUGUGGGGGGAUGUCCGAGGUCAUGAUACAACACGUUUUGCGCUGGGACAUAAGGGCGAAGGCCGGUACGACAUGUUUAGUGGUGUAGACGAAGGCGGCAGGGUCAUUGCUGAAAGCAAUAGUGCCGGAUGA